GAACGCGUCCAUUGGCCAGGCGACUCCAUUCCAGCAGCCCAAUCCGUUUCUCCAUGUGCGUUUGCCCCAAACAAUGAUUCAGUGGCCGUGUUACCAAUUAAACCCUCUCGAAACACAGAUGGUGUAAAAAAGCCGCGACAUGUCUCGAUUUGAGACAACGUUGCGGCCGCAGCCCCGCCUGGACCUCAAGUGGCUCAAAACCGACUUGCAGAGUGUGCUCACUGAAGAAGACACUUUGGUCAAUUGUUGGAACAAUUUGGUGGCCGAUGGGGAGGUGACUGGGGCCUUCUCGGACGGGCUGUUGAACAGUGCGGGGGUGACGGCGCGCAAAGGGGAGUUCGGGAAGUACUACUGCAACCAGAAAGUGUUGACUUGUACGUGCUGUGAUGGGAUAUGUGGACCUUCAACUGGGUGCAAUUGCCAGCCGUGCCAGAAGCUGGACGAGGAAACCGCCCUAACGGAGGUCAAGGAGCCCUUGCCGAGCACUGAGGCCCUGUUGGGGCAAUGGGCCUGGAUGCCACAACCAUCCCUCGAACAACUCUCCCAAUUUGUUUUAAGUCUGAACAAUGAACAGAAGGUGUUGUGUGCGGAGGCUGCCAGUUCGACUCUCUCCGCCAGGAGGCUGUACUACAGAUUAAUUGUCCUCAAGCGCUACUUUGUAGCCUUGAACAGGGUGCCCCAUUCGGUGGAUUUCGAACAUGGUUUAAUCACUAGUCGAAAGAGUAACUCGGAAUUGCUCCAAACUCGAAAUUUGGUUAAGUUAUCGAAAAGGGCCUGGAAUUUAGAGCCGGCGAUUGCGUUAGCUAGAGUCGGUUCUAGAGCUGCUCUAAAUUUUGCGUUUGCGUUUUUACGGAAGGCUUGGAGAUUGGGGGAGGAUAUAGACUUGUGUAGUGAGUUGUUGACCGAGUCGUUGGAGGCGUUGCAAAUGUUGCCAGUGGCUACACUUUUUCACCAAAGUGAUGUGUCGCCAGUUUGGCUGGAAGUGGUGGAAAGGUCGUCGAAAUUUUUGCGACAAGUUAUAACGGGUGAUAUUUCGGGAAGCCGCCAAAACUUUGCCAUCCCCUUGGAAGACCAGCACACUUCCUUGAACCUCCUCAUGGAGUUAGGUAUCCAAAAAGGAACACUCAGUAGCAUAUUAGACAUUGUCCUGUUACUCCUUAACUUGUGGGACAAACAAACAAACCUUAACGACAACCGUAAUGUACAAAUGGCUAGUGCCCCUUUAUUACCCUUCUUGAAACGCUUCUCACAAAUUCCACACGCCUUGCCUGAAUUUCACGAAAAGGACACAACUGAGGAAAAUCUCAGCACGACUCAAACUUACCUCAGUUUCGUCGAAUUGCCAGAAGAUGACACUGUCGAAAUUGAUCUCAAACAAGCCGCUAGUUUUAUUAUGGCACAUCUUGAUCGAUUAGCCGAGCCACAUAUACCUCCACUAUCUUUUAAUAAGUCAAAUUUUUAUUAUAAUGGCCAACGUGUUUUUGGAUGGGGUUGGUUUUCGUGGAUAUUUGGAGUUGGGCCACAAAAUUGUGACACUUUGUCCGAACUGACCAUAAAACAGAUUUGUUGUUCGGAUCGAACGAUACUUAUCUUGACACAGACGGGGAAAGUUUUUUUCAUGUAUUAUUCGUCCGACACACAGUGCCCACAAGAAAUGACAGCUUUGGACGACAAGGAAGUGAUAAAAAUAGCCGCGCAUCCGGAAGGCAAACACUAUUUAGCUUUAACCAAAGACUAUGAGGUUUAUUCGUGGGGAAAUGGCGACGGGGGCCGUUUAGGCCAUGGUGACACUUCAACCAAAGAAGAGCCGACUCUGAUUCAAGCACUGAAAGGUAAAGACAUAAUUGAUGUGGAAUGUGGCGGCACCUAUAGUGCCGCCAUUUCGGCCAAUGGCGCCCUCUACACGUGGGGCCGCGGCAAUUACGGUCGCCUUGGUCACGGCACCGCCGAAGACUGUCUCACCCCCACCAUGAUCUCUGCACUUUCCGAUGAACAUAUCAUCAAAGUGGCCUGUGGCUCAUUCUACGCCCAUACACUCUGUAUCACCUCACAGGGUAAAGUCUACAGUUGGGGUGAUGGUGAUUAUGGUAAACUCGGACGUGGGGGCUCUGACGGCUCAAAAUUACCCCGUCUUAUUGAAAAACUCCAAAAUGUUAAAAUUGUUCAAGUCUAUUGUGGGGCUCAAUUCAGUGUUGCUUUAUCGGAAGACGGUCACGUGUAUACGUGGGGUAAAGGCGAGGGUUGGAAAUUAGGGCAUCCGACUGAGGAAAAUGUCAGAUUUCCGGAAAUGGUUGAAGUUUUAAGGGAUAGAAAAGUGGUGGGGGUUAGUUUAGGGGUGAGUCAUGUGUUGGCGUUGACGGAUCAAGGAGAGGUUUAUGGAUGGGGGAAGAACGAGAAUAAGCAGAUUUGUGAUAGUUCGGAGUUGUUCGUACAACAGCCGAGAUUGAUCGAGGCGUUGAAGGGGCAGAAAGUGGUGGGGGUGUGCUGUGGGCCUGCGCAGAGCUUCGCAUGGACUGAUGAUAAUGAGAGGACUCCCAAGACGGCUGUGCCGUUUGUGAUUGAUUUGGGGGAGCAAACAUUUAAACUGAUCGAAAACCUCCUCGAAGUCGUCCUAACCAACACAAUCGCCCAAGACAAAGAAUGCAUCGCCGUCUCAGCCUUGAACCUGCUCCACCUCCAGUUGCAUUGCAUAAUUAGCAACAACCUUGACACGAAAACUUUGGGCAUUGGCGCCAACAGCAAACUCCUCAACAGCCUCAAAACCCAAGUUGUGUGUCUGGCAAGUGCCUCAGACAUCCUCCCUUCCGUCCAAUCAGCUGCUCAGAACGCCCUUCAAGCUGGUUGGUCUGUUCUCCUCCCUACAGCCAAUGGAAGGGCCAGAAUUUUAAGUUCUCUUCUACUUAACACCGAUUCGGAGACAAAAAUGUGUAAAUCAGGCCAUCGUUUCAUGACUGAUCUCCUAGUCUGGAGUUUAAUGGCAGAUGGAGGGCUUGAAACGGCCCUAAACGAAGCCCUUGGCCUCGAUAUUUCCGAACUGACAGAGUCCGAGGAGAAUUUUGAACCUUCAACAAGCCACAUCACUAUACCGUUGCUGUACUUGAUCAAACAAUUGAUAAGGAAUGGAAGCGCCCAAACCCAGACGUUUUUACGUGAAUUGGGGACUUGCGGUAAAAUGGGGGCCCAAAGAAAUGUGCCCUCUCCAAGUUUGAAGCUUCUAUCGCGCUUUCAGCGCCUACUAAUUGGGCGAAUUUUUUCCAAAGAAUUGGAGUGUCAAGACGCCUGUGAAACGCUCCUAGUCAAGUAUUUGGAGUGUUUUUCGGGUCAUGUGACCGCCAGUUUGAAUGUGGCCUAUGAGAUGUGUCUCCUAACACCGAAGAAUUUCCUCUACGUUUUGCAAAUUCUCAAAAGUGAUAUUAUAGGCAUCCUUUUACCCGAACUCAUCACCAGCCUAAUUCUCCUCGAAUCCGAGGUGGAAAUGUUCCUAACAUCCGUCAACUGGCUCACCUUAUUCGGCGAAAUGAUCAAAUCACUCGACAAAUUAUGUCGUCUAUCACCCGAUGUCGAAUCGUUCGACAUCGACGACAUAUCAUGGCGAGGCGUUUCCCAAACCCGCCCUAAUCCCUACUGCCACAAGCCCUUCGAUGAUCUGCCCUUAAUCCGUAAAGCCGACCUCGAUAAUCACAACAUGGACGGCGGAUUAUGGGUUUUAAUCAACAACAAAGUCUACGACGUUCAAGAUUUCCGCUGCGACAGCUCGACAAUCAACGAACUCUUGCAAAAAUACGCCGGAAAAGACGCCAGUCAAUUGUUUAACAGCUCGCCCUAUCACUUAUCCGUGCUCCAAAUGAUGGAGAACUACGUUGUCGGGAAUUAUUGCCAACCUGAACCCGAACUACCGCAAAAUAAUCUCGACUGUUUGAACGUCUAUUCGACUCUUUUCGACACCGAACGCAACCUUGGCUACUUACUAGGGUUGCAUUCGUUCAAUUUGAGGCAAAGUUUGCCUUUGCAACCUGAAGAAUUAGCGUCGAAUGUUUGGUUGAAUGCUAGGUUUUUACGCGCUGGACUACAGGUUGACCAACCACCGAAUCCGUACGGUGAAGAAAAGGGCGAGUCGAGGAGCACCAACUCAACCACUGAAAAUACACCAACUGAGCCGAGAGUUAACGAGAGUCAACGAAUUUCGAAAAAAUUUCAAUUGCCCAUUGAGCGGAUCAAUUCGUUUAUUAAUGCAUUGGCGGAGAGUCGGUUGUCGGAUUCGUACGUGAUUUCGUUUCUCGCAGUAGUUGAGCAGUUUUCCAAACAGAAUAAUUUUUUAACCCGAGUGGAUUUUUCAUUUGAGCAUCCGAUUGAAGAAAUCGGUCGUGUUCUCUAUGCCGUUUUGUUGAAACAUUUAGGGUUGGGUUAUGUUGUACUGCCGAUUUUAGAUGCAUAUUCCAGUCAACCAAACGUAAAACUACCCAAAGCAAUCGCCGAAAUGAUCAAACUCGUACAUAACACUAAAUGGAGUUUGAUUAAAAUGCGCCAGGAAUUGAAUAAAAGUUACAAAGAGAUUUGUAUCCCACUUUUGGAAAAGUGUCGGUUUUUGUUGUAUGAUGUUAGGCCGAGCAUUAGCGUGGAAAUGGAGGCGUUUAAAAAAGUGAAUAUUUUGUAUAAAGAGCCACGGGUUCGUACUUUGGUCAAAAAAGUCAUCAAGGAUCUAAAAUGUGGACGGCAUACUUCGGAAAUUCAAAAACCCGAAGAUAUUGUCAAUGCCACUAUACAAUCGCAGAGCGAACGUCAUAAAUCUAACGAAGACGUUUCGAAGUCGGCAAUGAAGAAAACUACGUCCGAUGGUAAAAUUUCGGAAAGUAAGAGUGAGACUGACGAUGUUAAUAAUGAGAUUAAAAACGGGGCUCAGAAAGUUGUAACUGAGGCUUCGAAGGCUGAGCAAAGGAAUACGAAGAGUUUGGAGGAUUUGGAGGAGAAGUGGAAUGUUGAAAAAAUUGAGAAUGAUACAAGGAGUGAGCAGAGUGAGGAGGAGAAGGAGAAAAAGUUGGAGAAUGAGAUUGCGUUGAGUGGGAUUGUGUCAAAGUUGACUGAAAAACAAAUGAGGAAAGUUUGUAGCGAGAAUUUGGAGUUGAUGAGUGCGAUUGUCGAUUUUGUGGUGCAGGAGACGUGCGAUGUUGAGAUUUUGAGGAAGGCCAUGUAUUAUCAGGUGAAACGAUGCAAAAUCCGCAAGCAAGGCCUCUGGAUGAUCAACCGCCUCCUCCACGACAAUUACCUCCUAACUUCCGUCAAAUACGCAAUCAUUAACGGUUACCUCAACCUCAAUUCCCCCUCCUCAACCACUCAACAUUGCCUGGACAACAUCCAACUCGUCACUCCAUUCAUGAAAACCGAAAUUCUUCUCUCCCAACUAUCGGUAACCGAAUGGUGCAUCGAAAACCUCCGUAACUACAUCCUUCGUGACGUUCCGGUUAAAACCGGCAAAACAAAAGGCGGUAAUAAAGUAACCCUUAACCUCGGCACCUACACCCUCCUCCGAGACGUACCACGUGCACGAAUGAUCCUCGCAAUUAUGGGCAUUUUAGCCUCGAAUCGCUACAUAGCCCUGGAACUUAGCCCACUAGUUAACAGUGGUGUUAUAAGUUCGGUUUUAGCCCUUUUGAAGCAAACCGGCUGCGAUCAGAGCAUUGUGAGGAAAGUGUCGGAGUUUUAUGUUCUGUAUGCUGAUAUUAUCGAUAAUAAUAAACCGAAGACGAGUUGUUUGAGUGGCCCUGAACUUGCAAGUUUGAUGAAGUUGGGCACGAAGGUUGUGAGGGGUGCUGAUUGGAAGUGGGGGGAUCAGGAUGGGUCACCGCCUGGUGAAGGGAGGGUUAUUGGCGAGUUGGGGGAUGAUGGCUGGGUGAGGGUUGAAUGGGCUAAUGGUACCACUAAUAGUUAUAGGAUGGGAAUUGAGGGCAAGUAUGAUCUGGCGCUGGCGUCGCCACCGUCGCCUGUAACCACAGACACAGACACGGAGGAACCCAGUGACCACACCUCUCAAAUCGUCAAGGACAACCAACUGAUCAAGCUUUUGCGUGACGCUAGUAUCAAUUUUUUGCGCAAUGUCUCAGUAAGUGCCGGCUUAGCCAAUGAGAACCUCCACCAGACAACAAUGCACGGCUUAAGCAGCCUUUUCUGCGCCACUUUAAGCGCAUCAAACACCUCAGAAUGGUGUAAUCUAACUCUAAUCCGCUCCAUCGCCCAGACCCAGCAAAUAUGCCGAGCUUUCAGUACAAAACCUUGGAUAAACAUGUUGUUAGGGUUUUUAUCAGCGUCUAGUUUGGUUGGCAACGAGCUGAAUCUCCCCAAACAGAUUUUUUCCGUGCGGUUUUUACACACAGUCUUACAAUCGUGGGACAUGGAUAAUUCCGAAAUACCAACAUUACUCGAGAAAUUACUAAACAUUUUGGGUAAAAUAAUCCUGACUUGUUCGUACGACACUGGAAAUAAACCACAAACUACGACCAAAUCGCUUGUGUUACUCACACAGUCACAUAGUAGCACUUUAGCGCAAGAAAUCAUCCAUUUAUUGCGCUCCUUGCACGGUCUAGUUGGCUGGAAUCAGGUGUUGAACGCCAUCUUGGGGCAGAAAUUAAACUUGGCGGCUUAUUUCUUAAGCGACACUUGUCUCAUGUCGAUGAUCAACGACGGCAACACUUCGGACCAGCAACACUACAUGGUGAUUGCGUGUCUCAAUGUGAUUGGUGCCUGGGAUGUGAGGCCACGCAUUGGGGGCGUGGCCGAAGUCGAGAGUCUGCAAGGCACCAUUGUGAGAGUUACACCAAAGGGGAAACUUUGUGUACAAAUGCACGAAACAGGCGACAGUCGCAAAGUUCCAAUCAAUAGUUUAAAAUUGUUGCCACAGCUUGAAUUUAAUUUCGAUCGUAUGCCGUUGAGCGAAAGUUUGGUUAAAACCUGGGCUAGUCUUUUGUUAAAUCGGCAAAGUAGUGCACUAAAUAACCAUGAGAAAAAACCGCAACAUGGUCAAGUCAAUGCUGCCUAUCUCCGAACGCAGCAAAACACACUGAGUGCGUUAAACGCCACACGAAUGUUAAACAGCAACCAGUACAAGUUGCGUAAAGUCUUAAAACACCAAAUUAACGGUAUGGAUCAGUCUCAGGAGCAACAAUCCAUUGAAGAGGAGUUGAAUCAACAACCAAUUCUCCUCAUUCAGAAAUUGUUAGCUAAAGCCACACAGCCAAGUCCACUUAAGCCAGGCUUUAGUCGGCAAGAGAUGCAACUUGCGGCGCUUAAUUUGAGUCAGUAUUUAGCGGCUGAGGGUAAUUUUGCCGUUUCGGCAAGUGGUGGUGGUGAUAAAACAACGCCGAAAUUUUGUACGAGGUGUAAUAGUGAAGUUCCAACACCGAAUUCUGAGUGUUCGGUUAAGAGCGUCGUGAGUGAGAAGAAGCGGAAACAGAGUGAGGAACUGCCUGUACAUCCGAUGGUGGGGCAAAUUGUUGAGAUGGGGUUUCCUAAACGGGCAGUCGAGGUGGCUAUUAAGUCACUAGCAAUUGGCCCUGAAAGUCUAACAACCCCUGAAUCGAUCGUCACUUGGCUGUUAGAACACCCAGAAACGGCAAUUUCUGACACAGAUUCCUCAAGUUCAGUGUGCGAAUCCGACACUGAAUCAGUCUCGUACGACAAUGGCAAUGCCAUGCAACCUUUCGUCCAAUUCGGAGACGAAUUUUCCUCAUCUCAGACUUACUUACGACGUUCACAGUUCUUAUCAAACGACGAAUACGCCAUGUAUGUGCGUGACAACGUCGAAGUGGGAAUGUUAGUACGCUGCUGUAAAAGCUACGAAGAAGUACAACUUGGUGACAUUGGAAAAGUGGUCAAAGUUGACCGUGAAGGCCUCCACGAUCUCAAUUUACAAGUAAAUUGGCAACACCGUGUCAGCACCUACUGGGUGAGGUUCAUCCAAGUGGAAUUAUUGGGUUUCCCACCGUCUGUUCCCUCACCUUCAACACUAAAAGUCGGUGAUAAGGUUCGGGUAAAAUCGACAGUGUCCACACCGAGGUACAAGUGGGGUCAUGUGACACAUGAUAGUAUCGGUGUGGUUGCCGGUAUUUCCCCCAAUGGGCAAAACGUGCAAGUUGAUUUUCCCAAACAGCAGAACUGGUUGGGUUUAGUGUCGGAAAUUGAAGUUGUGCCAUCGUGUCAUGAAGGCGUUGCUUGCAAUGGUUGCUGUGUUGUGCCCAUUUCUGGGCCGCGGUUUAAGUGCAAAGUUUGCGAUAAUUUCGAUUAUUGUGAGAACUGUUUUUAUACGAAGAGGAAUCACAAACACUCGUUUAAUCGCAUGAAUGAGCCAGGAGGCGUGGAGAUUUACGCGGGAAAAGCGGGGAAGUACUGCCGGCAUGACACUUUCGAGGGUGAGGGUGAAUUGAUCAGCGAUUGGGGUAAAUGUGUGCGGAAUGUAACAGUGUCGUCAAAAUAUGCGGCCAAGUUUGAAAUUCCGGGCUCGAUAUGGCAAAGUUGUGGCAGUCAGGGGAAACACUGGAUCAGAUUGGAAAUCUAUCCAGACGUUGUAAUAAAAAGUCUAAAACUGGGAGUAGACCCAGCUGAUAAUAGUUACAUGCCCUCUGUUAUUGUGGUAAAUGGGGGAUCGACGCUAAAUUCCUUACAAGAACUUAACGUAAUUAAUGUGAAAAGUCACGAUACUUCGGUUACUUUAUUGACAAAUUUGGAUAAGUAUUAUUCAAUCAUUGAAAUUAAUAUAGCAAAGUGUCGUAACAAUGGCAUUGAUUGUAAAAUUCACGGAAUGACUAUUCUUGGUAUGAGGCGACAAUCGUACGGAGAAUUGAAAACUUCAGUUUCGUUUCUUGCGAAUGAUUGGGAUUUGAAUCAGGAACAAAUUCCUGGACCGUCGACUUCGGCAAAUGUCGCUCAAGACUCGACCGGAGAGCCGUCCUCGACCGUCGGCUGCCGCGUCUUCGUCUGGGGCCUCAACGACAAAGACCAGUUAGGUGGCAUGAAAGGCUCCAAAGUGAAGCUACCCGUCCAAUCUGAUUUCCUAAGCCAACUGUGGCCAAUUCACAUAGCUGGCGGUUCCAAAUCCCUCUUCAUUGUCUCACACGAGGGAAAAUUAUAUGCAUGUGGUGAAGGCACCAACGGCCGCCUCGGCCUCGGCCACAGCAACAACGUGCCCUACCCGCGCCCCAUCCCCUUCCUCAGCCAAUACGUCAUCAAAAAAGUGGCCGUUCACUCGGGCGGCAAACACGCCAUGGCCCUCACCCUCGACGGCAAAGUCUUCUCGUGGGGCGAGGGCGAGGACGGUAAGUUAGGGCACGGCAAUCGCCUCAACCUCGACAAACCGAAGAUGAUCGAAGCGUUACGAAGCAAAAAAAUCCGGGACAUUGCCUGUGGCAGCUCGCACUCGGCCGCCAUCACCAGCAGUGGGGAGUUGUACACUUGGGGUUUAGGGGAGUAUGGACGUCUCGGCCACGGUGAUAAUAUAACGCAACUAAAACCGAAACUGAUCAAGAGUUUGGUCGGCCACCGAAUCGUCCAAGUGGCCUGUGGAAGUCGGGACGCCCAAACACUUGCACUAACCGACGAAGGAUGGGUUUUUUCAUGGGGCGACGGUGAUUUCGGGAAGUUGGGCCGAGGCGGCUCCGAGGGCUGCAACAUCCCGCACAACAUCGAACGUUUGAACGCACUGGAAGUGGUGCAGAUUGAAUGUGGGGCGCAGUUUUCGCUCGCUUUGACUAAAACUGGCGAGGUUUGGACGUGGGGCAAGGGGGAUUAUUUCCGGCUGGGCCAUGGCUCCGACCAACAUGUGCGCAAACCCACGGUAAUCGAGUCACUUAAAGACAAGAAAGUUAUACACGUGGCCGUGGGGGCGCUCCAUUGUUUGGCUGUGACCGACACAGGCCAGGUCUAUGCAUGGGGGGACAACGACCAUGGGCAACAAGGCAACGGUACCACGAUUGUUAACCGAAAACCGGCGUUAGUUCACGGGCUUGAAGACGUCCAUAUUAAUCGAGUCGCCUGUGGCAGUUCGCACUCAAUUGCCUGGACGUUGCAGGACACUCAAGUGGUGUCUAAAGUCGAGCCGGUGAUUUUUCCAGUGGCUAAGGAUCCGUUAGGGGCGUCGAUUUUGCGGUUGUAUGAAGGGGAGAAGGUUUUGAGUAGGCAAAGUAGUAAGAAUGCGCCUACUUUGAGCGGGAUUGUUAUGUCGUUGGAGAGUAAUACAGCGAAACAGCAGGCGUUGCAACAUAUACUUAAUGCUAUACAUAUACAACAGUUGCGGCAAGCGAUUGUUAAAGCAUUGUGUAGUCAUACUAAUAUGAAAAAUACCAAUGCCAGGCAAGUGGGGAGUUUGGAUUCGCCCAAUGAGCGCUCGAGUGCUGGGGGUGGGGGGUCGUUGGUUAAUAAGGAUGGGGAGAUUACGCUCGGAGGGGGCGAAGCGCCCGUGUCCAUGGCGGAAAUAGUCGGAAUUAAUAGCCACCAGACCACCCCCGAGACUGAAGAAAACCCACUGGCUCUGAUCCAAUCAAUGACAGCGAGCAGUUGUUCGGCCAGUAUGUCAUCAAAGCACUCCCGGAUGUCAACAAGUGCCAUGUCAGUCAUUGCCGCCACUCUAACUUCACACGCAGAAGUGAUUGGUGACAGUGGUAUUGCCGGUUUAGACGAAUUCACGUCACUUUUAACCGAAAACGACGCUCGUCUAUUGGUCGAUUUACUCAAGUUGGCUGUGGCUGACCGAAUUGAAGACGACCAAGCGAAAGAAAUUCUCUCAACUGUUUUAAUUACUCUUGGUAGUUCGAAUAAAUCAAUCGGUGCAAUGCUGCUUGAAUUAUGCGUAACUGAAUUAGAAGACACAGCAAACAGCACCCAGUCAUUAUCAAGCACUCCACACCCCGUGGUCCAGGAAUCAAGUCAUCCGUAUAUCGAUGACGUCACGUUGCGUGGUCACGUGCGGUUGCCAGGCGCCGAUGCUUUACGAGUGGAGUUCGAUCGGCGAUGUUCGACUGAACGGCGCCACGAUCCGUUGCAAAUAACUGACGGGACUGGACGUGUCGUGGCGACUAGAUCCGGAAGGGAGUGGAGUGAUUGGUCGGCUGAGUUGCGUAUCCCGGGUGAUGAGUUACGUUGGACUUUUACCAGUGAUAGUUCGGUGAAUGGCUGGGGGUGGAGGUUUACAGUGUAUCCGGUUAUGUCGAAUCAUAGCCCGAAUGAGAUCGGGUCUGAUCGGGCCGUUUUGAGCCAACCGUCCAUGGAUAUGGUGAUGUGUUUGCUUGAUUCGCGACUGUAUCCGAUGGCGGAUUCGGCGCUCAUGUCGCGGUUGGCGGCGGCGUUGGCCGCCUGCUCACAAUUGAGCUUUUUAUCCGCGAGUCAAAGAAUGUGGGCUUUGCAACGCUUGCACCGCCUUCUAGUUGGCGAAGACGCAAAGUUAGAAGUUAGUCUACAGUUGGAACAGUUGAAAGCACCAGAUAGUGCAUUAGGGAGUUUGCUAGAGGAGUUACCUCAAGCAUUGUUGAGGCAAUACGAGUAUGAGGAUGUUUCAGUCCGUGCUGGACUACAUUUGAUGCAUUCGGACUUUUUCAAGGUUUUAGUAGCCUUGGCUUGUGACUUAGAAUUAGAUAAAAUGGUGGGUCUUGUUGAUAACCACAAGUGGUCGUGGUUCCGGAAAUACUGUCAUGCGUCACGUGUUGCUAAAUCACUAAUACAUAGAAGUCCAUUACCGGCUAAUUUUUGUCAAGAAGUUCGGAAAAAAUUGUCAGAUACGAAUGCUGAUGGUUGUUGGGAGCACGAAAGUCAUGAUAUUUUUAAGAAGGAACACGACGAACAGUUGCUGAUUUGGUUGAAUAGACGCCCCGAAGAUUGGACCCUCUCAUGGGGCGGUUCUGGCACAAUCUACGGCUGGGGCCACAACCACCGAGGCCAAUUGGGCGGUAUAGAAGGUGCUAAAGUUAAAAUACCCACACCUUGUGAAGCCCUAUCAACUCUACGACCCGUCCAAUUGGUCGGAGGCGAACAAACUUUAUUUGCCGUGACGGCGGAUGGAAAAGUUUACGCCACUGGAUAUGGUGCCGGUGGACGGUUGGGUAUUGGCGGCACUGAUUCAGUCCUAGUUCCGACUUUAUUAGAAUCGAUUCAACAUGUUUUUAUUAAGAAAAUUGCGGUCAAUUCGGGUGGUAAACACUGCCUGGCUUUAUCGGCCGAUAACGAUGUGUAUUCAUGGGGUGAAGGCGAUGAUGGGAAGUUGGGUCACGGGAACCGACUAGCUUGUGAGACACCGAAGUUGAUUGAAGCGUUACAAGGGUACGAAAUUAUUGAUAUAGCUUGUGGGGGCGCUCACAGCGCUGCUAUUACAAGCACUGGCCAGUUGUACACUUGGGGGAAAGGACGGUACGGGCGGUUAGGUCAUGGUGACAGUGAAGAUCAGUUAAAACCGAAACUGAUUGAAGAAUUAGUCGGUUACAAAGUUAUAGACGUUGCUUGUGGGUCUGGUGAUGCCCAGACUUUGUGUAUAACCGACGAUGAUAAUGUUUGGUCGUGGGGUGACGGCGAUUACGGCAAAUUGGGUCGCGGAGGCUCCGACGGUUGCAAAGUUCCUAAAAAAAUCGAAAGUCUGGCCGGUUUAGGUGUGAUUAAAGUCGAAUGUGGGUCACAAUUUUCUGUCGCUUUGACCCGCUCUGGGAGCGUCUACACUUGGGGCAAAGGUGACUACCACCGGUUGGGUCACGGCACCGGUGAACACGUCCGAAGACCGAAAAAAGUCGCAGCUUUACAGGGUAAAAAAAUAAUUAGCAUAGCCACCGGUUCACUGCAUUGUGUUGCGUGUUCGGACGAAGGGGAGGUUUUUACGUGGGGUGACAACGACGAGGGACAGUUAGGCGAUGAUACGACCAAUGCCAUCCAAAGACCUAGACUAGUGUCGGCAUUACAGGGGAAAAAAAUCACAAAUGUGGCUUGUGGCUCAGCGCAUACGUUAGCCUGGUCCACGAAUAACGCUAGUUCGGCGUGUGCCCGCUUACCGCCAGUGGCGCCACUUGAAUACGAUCUUUUGCAAGAUAUACCGACUUGGGUUUUGCACCGACGGUUGGUCCUACUGUAUUAUUUCGCCGAAUUGAUUUGUCCAUGUAUUACGAUGUUUCCAAUCACUGGGUCUGAUUCCCUCCACGAAUUGAGGAGUAUUUUGAUCUAUACGAUCAAGGAGGCUACGUUUAGGAAAGUGGUUCAGGCGACUAUGGUGCGUGAUAAACACCAUGGACCUGUUAUUGAGUUGAAUAGGAUACAAGUGAAGCGGUCAAGGUCACGUGGGGGGCUUGCUGGAGUCGAUGGAAUGAAGUCGGUUUUCGGGCAAAUGGUAACAAAGCUGCCUUUGUUGACGUCGGAGACUUUGGCGUUGCCACACCGAGUGUGGAAAGUUGAGUUUGUUGGUGAGAGUGUGGACGACUGUGGGGGCGGCUACAGCGAAAGCAUCGCCGAAAUGUGCGACGAGCUCCAGAACGGCUCCCUCCCCCUUCUCAUCCCCACCCCCAACGGCCGAGACGACGCCGGUCCGAACCGUGACUGUUUCAUCCUGAAUCCAACGGCGAAAAGUUGUUUACAUUUGAAUAUGUUUCGAUUUUUGGGCGUUUUAAUGGGCAUAGCAAUCAGAACCGGUUCACCCUUAAGUUUGAACCUUGCCGAGCCCGUUUGGAAACAAUUGGCCGGAAUGGAGUUAACUCCGGCCGAUUUGACCGAAAUUGACCGGGACUAUGUUCCCGGUUUGUUGUGCAUUAGGGAGAUGGGCAUGGAAGAGCCCUUAUUCCAGAAUUUGGAAAUGCCGUUCUCCACACCGUCGUCCUGUGGCACUGAUGUGCCCCUCAGUACGAAGUAUAAGCGGAUUACGUUCGAGAAUCGGUUGGAGUACGUGCGGCUGGCGCUGAAUUUCAGAUUGCACGAAUUCGAUGAACAAAUCAAGGCUGUCCGUGACGGUAUGUCCAAAGUGGUGCCCGUCCCCCUACUGUCACUCUUCAGCGGCUACGAGCUGGAAACCAUGGUCUGUGGUUCCCCGGACAUUCCCUUAAAUCUCCUAAAAUCCGUCGCAACUUACAAAGGCAUCGACAGCAGCGCCCCCUUGAUCCAGUGGUUCUGGGAGGUGAUGGAGGAGUUCACGAACCAGGAGCGCUCCCUAUUCCUGCGCUUCGUCUGGGGGCGAACGCGCCUGCCUCGGACAAUCGCCGAUUUUCGGGGACGCGACUUUGUUAUACAAAUUUUAGACAAGUACAACCCCCCUGAUCACUUUUUGCCCGAGAGUUAUACCUGCUUUUUCCUGCUUAAAAUGCCGCGCUAUUCGUGCAAGCACGUUUUGCAACAAAAACUGAAAUAUGCCAUACAUUUCUGCAAGUCGAUUGAUAAGGAUGAGUAUGCGAGGGUGGCCAUGGCUGGGGACCUGGCCGUCAGCUCGAGUUCUGACGCGGAAAGUGACCCGGAGAUGGAUAGCAGUAAUUGAGUGUCGGAGACCCGUCCAUUUUAGUUGUCUAAGUUUAUAAAUUGUUUAGUGGGUGUUUUAGGACUUGGCUUCACGUGUUCCUAUUCGUUUAAUAUGAUACACUGAGCUUGGGCUUGCAUACGAAAUGUUCUCAGAGGAUCUGUUUGCUAUUAAUACAUUCCAUCAUUUUUACGAGGACUGAUUUUACAUUUAGAGUAAACUGAUCAUUUCUAAAUAAUGUCAAUUCGUAACGUUACAUUUUUACACUUUGGAUGUUCUGAACCGUGCUGUAUGAAUGUCGCAUCGCAAUUUGAUAUUAUUUUGUAGAUAUUGUAGUUGUAUCUAGUCGCUGAGUUGAGUUGACACAUUUAUUAAUAAAUUUUAAACGUCAAAUUAAUUUAUCAUGGCAAAUGAAUUCGAGCCCUAUGAUGACCCGUCCUUGAAAGGCCUUUCCCGCUAUUUCAACAACAAAACGAUCAAGGGACGCGCAAAUGUGGCGAUAGCGACAUUUGCCUCGAUUUUUGCGUUCAUUGUGUACAAAAAAGCCUGCACGUGUGCCGAGAAGUAAUUUCAAACUUUGCGCCAUUUCUAAAACCUUUAUGUAAUCAUGCGUUUCUAAAAUACACCUUCUAAAUUUC